AAACUUUAUGCUGUAAGUCGACUCUCAUUUCCACCCUCUAGUGAUCACACAAAAACACACUUACACACACACACACACACACACACAAACACACAGGAGUAUUUCUUCAGGGAUUAGCUUCCUCUACAACAAAGCGUCAGGGCUUCAGAGCUGGUGUUUACUUCUGUUUGCUUUAAGUGCUCACCUGUUUAAAGAAACAAUCAACUAUUACACAGGAACAAGGAAUAAGAAUGGAAAUGUUUCUGGAUAUAAUGUGAAUAAAAUAAGGAGAGAAAGCAGAAAUGGGUGGAAAUGCAUUGCGUUCUAGGUUCGAAAGUGCCAGACUGCAGAGCAGGAGGUGAGAUGGGGUGUGUGACUGUGAUUGAACCUGUGGUGGGUCUGCAUGCUUUUGCCAUGUUUAUGACCUAUCCUCUAGUAGAGCAGUAUAUCUACAGGAGGCUGUGGGAACAGCUGAGUGGAUCUCCAUUUCCUGUCAGUGUAAACCAGUCUCACUGCUCAAACUACACCAAUCUAAGUAUUCAUCAGGCUGUGCAGAAAGAGACGUCCCACUUCCUCAUCCAGACUGAGCUGUGCUUCCUCUUUCCCAGCCUGGUCUCCUCAAUGUUUCUGGUGUCGUACAGUGACUAUUGUGGUCGCAAGGUGGCCAUGGUACCCCCUUUGGUGGGCAGUUUUCUCUUCACACUUACUUACUUCAUAGUGAGCAAGUACUCCCUCAGCCUCAGCUACCUUCUGGGUGCUGCUUUCUUUGCUGGGAUUUUUGGGGGUAAAAGCACUCUGACAGGUGGUUGUUUCUCCUAUGUGGCUGACUGCUGUGGACAAGACCAAGCUGAGAAUAGAAAAAGAGAGAAGACAGUUCGAAUGGCCCGUCUAGACAUGGUUCUAGGUGUGCUGUCUGGUUUGGGCUCCCUUUGCACUGGGUUCUAUAUUCAAGCAGCUGGCUUCAGCUGGCCAUUCCUCUCUGCAUCCAUACUUCAUCUGCUCAACCUGAUUUAUGUGCUGGGGAUCCUGAAGGAGCCUCAGUGUCCUUUGACCCUGAACCAGAGCUUGUCCAGCCACAGGGCAGAUGCUGAACCUCCCUCUCAAGCUACACCUCAGGUCAUGACUAGGCGCUUUUAUGGUGUCUACCUGCUUUUUGCAGCUUCUACAAGGAGACAAAAUACACUGCUGCUUCUCAUCUUGAGUGCCUUUGUCUUCUACAAGGUGUCCACAUUAGGUGCCCUGUCCAUCCUUCUCUUGUAUGAGCUGAAUCCUCCACUGUGUUGGAGUGAGGUGCUCAUUGGCUACGGAUCUUCUCUUAACACUCUGAUCUACCUGAGCAGUUUUGCUGGUGUGUCUCUGCUGUCACAAUGGCUGCCUGAUGUACACAUCACCCUGCUUGGACUAUUAAGUGUAGCCACUGGCUUUUUCAUGGCAACCUUUGCCAAGACCACACUGCUCAUGUUUCUGGUUCGACUUCCUCUACUCCUGUCCAUCAUGCCUGCUCCUGUGAUGUGCUCAAUGAUGUCCAAACUGGUGCUGACCUCUGAACAAGGUGCUGUGUUUGCAUGUAUGGCCUUUGUGGAAAUGUUGAGUAUGGGAGUGGCAUUCCCACUGUUCAGUAGCAUUUACUCUGCUACCAUCUCCUGGUUCCCUGGGUUUGCGUUCCUUCUAGCUGCUGGUCUUACCUUAAUACCAGCAUUACUAAUUGGCGUUGUGCUCUGGCUGCGAUUAGAUAUGGAGGAGGAGUCCGGAAUGCUGACCUCUGAAGAUGACAGUGAGGACAGCACAGGCUAUGAGAUACCUCAUUAAUGAUGUUAAAAUAGCAUAUGUUUUAGUGAAUGUUUUAAAAUAAUUCAUAAUUGGAUCAUUUCAUCUACUUUAUUAAUGAAUUAAAUAAAUAGAAAGUAUAUUUAUGUAUAUUAUAAAUAUAUUUUCCAUAUUUUACAACAUGCUGGUUACUAAUUUUAAAUGUUCUUCUAAUUAUUAUUGUAAGCCUAUUAAAAUAUCACAUCAUAAUUCUGUCUGUAAAUGAGUUACCUACAGAAUACCAAUAUAUCCUCACAGUAAUAUUGUAAACCAUGUGGUAUACAAUCCCCUCUGGAAGUAUUGGAACAUCAAGGCCAGUUCUAUUGUUUAUUAUUUGUUUUUUUUUUUUAAAUUAAUAUGAGGUGACAUUUCAGCUUUUAUUUUCUGAUAUGUACACCUAAAUGUCUUCACUGUAUAGCAAAACAAAUGAUUGGGUCUUGCUGUUCCAAUUCUUUUGAAGGCGACUAUAUAUACAGAAACUGUAAAUGUGGCAAAUAUUAAAAUA